AAGCUUCUAUAUCAAGCAAUGCACGCACUAGUAUUAAAGCACGCCCAUGCACUUCACACCCCAUCACUGCUUCUCCUCGUCCUUCUUCUUCGGCAUCUCAUCAUGUUUCCCUGCAGCAGCGCCGUCGAGCUCCUCUGCCGCCUGAUCAGGUGCUUGGACGCCGUCGCGGCGGCGGCGGCCGAGCCGGAGGCCUCGCCGGCGCUGCAGAUCAGGCUCAAGGAGAUGAAGUGCAAGCUGGAGCGCCUGCAGCUCAAGCUCAUCAAAGAGAUGUUCUGCAAGGAAGACACCGCCAUGCAGCAACUCCGCCACCUCGCCUCCUGCCUCGACGAGCUGGUGGCCGCCGCCUGCAAGGACCGCCAAGGAAUUUCGACGCUCCAAUCGCUCGACAAAGUCGAAGCCGCCGUCUGCAGAGCGCUCGACACGAUGGCCGACAAAGAUCUAUAUACAUUGUGCGGAAAGGGAAAUGAAAGGACUGAAGGACCCUGGGGACCUCGUUUAGGUUUCGACUGGGACAUUGGAUCGUUUGGCAACAUCAAAACCAUCAACGUGAGCGCGGACGAUCGGAUCAACUCCAUCCGGAUAGAAUACAGAAUCAACUCGAAAGAAUACAAGACGCCCAGAAUCGGAGGCGAAGGCGGCACUCUCCAUCAGAUUGAGAUCGGGGAGAACGAGCACAUCACUUCGAUUCGAGGAAUUUUCGACACAAUCAGUUUAACCAAACUAGACAUCGUCACCAACAAGAAUUCCUAUUCGUUCGGAAAAGGGUGCGGCGGAUCCGUUUUCCCACCUGCUCAACUCGAAUGCAAUUACAGAGUCGCUGGGUUCUUCGGAAGAGCAGCGGCGCACGUUAACGCAAUUGGCGUCUACCUAGCGAAAGCUCCGGAUUGCCAGCAGGCUGAUGACAGCCCCAGCAAGAAGCAUUGUCCGUAUCUGUGCCAAUGCGGGACGUUGAUGUCUUCGUGCCAUGUCUGCGCAUGAAGGGUUUAGUGCUUUUGUUUGGCUUUUGAGCAUGAUCUGCAAGUUCUUGUUUGCUCUCGAUGUCUUUUUCUUAAAUCUGAUGUAUUUCCUGUUGAUUUUCCUGUGUUUUUUAAAUUUUGAUUCUGUCGUUGAAACUUCGAAUACAACCUGCAGAAUUUGAUAAAA